AUGUGCACUAUCUACUCAAAUUGGCAUCUGCACAUGAAAUUGGCAUUGUACAUGGCCAUUGCGGUCGUGGCCGUGGUGGUGCCAGUGGCGGAUAGGGCCCGCGCCUUCUUUGUGUUCGGCGACUCCUUGGUGAACAAUGGCAAUAACAACUAUUUAGCCACCACCGCCAGGGCCGACUCUCCACCCUACGGCAUUGACUAUCCUACUCACCGCCCCACGGGCCGCUUCUCCAAUGGAUAUAAUAUCCCCGAUCUCAUAAGUCAAGCACUACGUGCAGAAUCAACAUUGGCGUACUUGAACCCUGAGCUUCAAGGGGAGAAACUGCUUGUUGGAGCAAAUUUUGCAUCUGCAGGAAUUGGAAUUCUUAGUGACACCGGCAUUCAAUUUAGGCUAUAUGAAUUGGGGGCCCGACAGGUCCUAGUCACGGGCACGGGCCCGCUCGGUUGCGUGCCCGCGGAGCUGGCGACGAAGAGCAGGAACGGAGAAUGUGCGGAGGAGCCUCAGCGGGCAGCUGCCAUAUUCAACCCGUUGCUCGUUCAAAUGAUCGCAGGGCUUAACCAAGAAAUCGGGUCCAACGUUUUUGUGACGGCUAAUACAAUGCAAAUGCAGAACGAUUUCAUCAACAAUCUGCAGGCCUACGGGAGGAGACGGCGGAAUCCCUCAGCUCCGACCGCCCCAACGAAAACCCAUCGAGACCAUCGAAACCUAAUGCCCCCCACCGGCCCACACCCCGACCAAACACGACGCCAACAACACUGUGACGCCCUCACCAACAGCACCCACGGACCAGAGCGAAGACCCGAUCUCGGAAACCCCUCCUGGAAAAGAGGAGGACGGCAAGCGACCACCAUCUCCGAAACUGCCAAAAGGAGCCAAAACCGAGGCAAUCGACAAAAAGGAGGGCAAAUCGGUCGAGGACGACUGAAGGCCGGAGCCCCGCCGUCGCCGGGGAAGGCCAACCAGGGCGAAAGAGAAGGAGCUGCGCCGACGGGUUAUAAAAUGUAA